AGCUCACAAUUCAAAACAAUUCUAGUUUCUUCCAAAUCUUCCACCUUAAAUAUCUCCUCAAUUUCCCCUUUUUUCUAAUUCAUACAACCAAAAAAAAAAAGACAUCAUGGGAAAAGGUGGUGGAUGUGUUGUUAGCAAGAACAAGAUUCCCAAAUCCUCAAAUAAAUAUGCCAAUUCUGCAAAAAAUUCCAUCAAGGUUCCUUCUCCUACCAAUAAUAAGAGCCUUAAAGUUUUCAUUGUGUUUUAUUCUAUGUAUGGACACGUGGAGAGCUUAGCAAAGAUGAUGAAGAAAGGAAUAGAGACAGUUGAUGGAGUUGAAGGGGUACUGUAUAGAGUCCCUGAAACAUUGUCAGAGGAUGAUCUUGUCCAAAUGCAGGCCCCACCUAAGGAUGACUCUAUUCCUGAGAUAUCAUCUCCGUCACAGCUUGCUGAUGCUGAUGGAUUCUUGUUUGGAUUUCCCACCAGGUUUGGUUGCAUGGCGGCUCAGAUGAAGGCCUUGUUUGAUUCAACUGGACUUUUGUGGAAGGAGCAGAAGCUUGCUGGAAAGCCUGCUGGAUUUUUUGUGAGUACUGGAUCUCAAGGAGGUGGACAGGAGACCACUGCUUGGACAGCAAUCACCCAACUAGCACACCAUGGAAUGCUGUUUGUUCCAAUUGGUUACACUUUCGGAGCUGGCAUGUUCGACAUGGACUCCGUCCGAGGAGGUUCGCCUUAUGGUGCUGGAGUUUUCGCCGGAGAUGGUUCAAGAAAAGCUACUGAAACAGAACUGGCAUUGGCAGAACAUCAGGGCAAAUAUAUGGCUGCAGUAGUCAAGAAGUUGGUUCAUGGUUGAUGAGGAAAGUUCCUCAAUAUGUUUUAUUUUACUCCGACAUUGGUUAAUUUUUCAUUCUUAUUGGAAUGAGAAUGGUCAUGAAGAUGAUGAUAGAUCUUCUUUAUUAAGACUAUAGAUUGUUUAUUGCCUCCACCAUUUUCCCUGCUUUGGCCUCAGAAUAUCAGUUUAUCAACCAUUUUCCUUGUGCUAAAAAUUAUUGAUGGUUAAUGGUUCCAUGUUCAUUUUCAA